UAAGUAGUAGAUGCAAUUUUUGAAAAGUUCUUGCUGGAAAUAAAAAUGACUUUAAUAAAAUUUACAGCAGCAAAGAGUUGUCUUCCCCCCCACCUUUUUCCCAAGUUUCUCUUUUUACAGCUUUUAAGAGGGCAGAGGGGAUAACAGAUUUAUGUGGUUUUUUUUCCUUCCUUCCUUCCAGGGAAAGUGGGAGAGCUGUGUUCCCUGCUUUCAAUCUGACCUAUUGGGAGUACCUUUUGGAGUAUGUGUGCUGCUUAGCAGGGAGCUGAAAUUCAGGCAGAAGAGAUUAUAAACUUAAAGUGUGAAUAUGGGUGAAAAGAAACCAGAACCUCUGGACUUUGUAAAAGAUUUUCAGGAAUACCUUACCCAGCAGACUCACCAUGUAAAUAUGAUUUCUGGAUCAGUUAGUGGAGACAAGGAAGCAGAGACACUUCAGGGAGCUGGGACAGAAGGUGAUCAGAAUGGACUAGAUCAUCCUUCUGUUGAAGUCUCACUGGAUGAAAACUCAGGAAUGUUAGUGGAUGGAUUUGAAAGGACAUUUGAUGGAAAGUUAAAGUGUCGAUAUUGCAACUACGCCAGCAAAGGAACAGCACGGCUCAUAGAGCAUAUCAGAAUUCAUACAGGUGAGAAGCCACAUAGAUGCCAUUUAUGUCCAUUUGCAUCAGCUUACGAACGUCAUCUAGAAGCUCACAUGCGAUCGCAUACUGGUGAAAAACCAUACAAAUGUGAAUUGUGUUCCUUCCGCUGCAGUGACAGAAGCAACUUAUCUCAUCAUCGUAGGCGUAAACACAAAAUGGUGCCUAUCAAGGGUACAAGGUCUUCCCUAAGCAGCAAGAAAAUGUGGGGGGUUUUGCAGAAAAAGACCAGCAAUUUGGGUUACAGCAGAAGAGCAUUAAUUAAUUUGAGUCCACCUUCCAUGGUGGUUCAGAAACCAGACUACCUUAAUGAUUUCACUCAUGAAAUCCCAAAUAUCCAGACUGAAGCAUAUGACAGUAUGACAAAACCAACGCAGAGCAGUGGGUUGCCAAGAGAUCAAGACCUUAUGGUAGAUAAUCCUUUAAAUCAGCUGUCUACGUUAGCUGGGCAGUUAUCUAGCUUGCCACCUGAAAACCAAAAUCCAGCCUCUCCUGAUGUUGUCUCCUGUCAAGAUGAAAAGCCUUUCAUGAUACAGCAGCCUGCUGCACCUGCAGUAGUUUCAGCUGUGUCAACAAAUAUUCCUCAAAGUUCGUCUCCAACCAGCCCAGAUCCUCGGCCUACACACAAUCAAAGGAACUAUAGUCCUGUGGCAGGACCCAGCAGUGAUCGCAGUGCCCACACCAGUACUCCCAGUAUAAGUAACAGUCAACCAAGUACUCCAGCUCCAACCCUUCCGGUUCAGGACCCUCAGCUUCUGCAUCACUGCCAGCACUGUGACAUGUAUUUUGCGGACAAUAUCCUUUAUACUAUUCAUAUGGGAUGUCAUGGGUUUGAAAAUCCUUUUCAGUGCAACAUAUGUGGGUGUAAGUGUAAAAAUAAGUAUGAUUUUGCUUGCCAUUUUGCAAGAGGCCAACAUAAUCAGCAUUGACUGAGAACAUGCUUUCGUUUAUUUUUUUUUUAACAUAUUACAGUAUAUUUUUCAUACUUGCUGAAGGAAAGCUUGCUCAUUUCCGUAAGGAAUUUUCACAUUAAGCAAUUGGACAAAGCAAAUUUAUUUCUAUGCUGUCAUAAAACUUGCCAGGGAAUUUUUUUGUAAGAUGUAGUGGUCACUUACAUAUAGUCUUUCAAAAAAACUGAGUGUGCUUAUAAGAAUUAGAAUGCAAUUACAUGUUUUGUUUGUUAAAUUUAAGUUGAUUGCACUUAAAAUACCAAUGAACACUCUGUAAACGUAGAUGCAGAGUAUGUGUCCUGAAACAUAAGAUGCGAUUAUCAGAGUGUUUACCAGGCAAGAUAAAAUACUGUAACCAUAAAAUGUGAAAGGUUAAUGCAAUGAAUGUAUGGUUACUUUGGAGACAGACUUAUUCUUAAAAACUUAGCUAUUACCAAACUGGAAAAACAGACUUUCUAAGUUAGAAGCAACUUUUGCAUACAAAUACAAUCUGAUUUAAGACUUACUUUUAUCUGAAAGGUUAAUAGUACGUUUUUGCUUAAUAUAGUCUAAACUCUUCAUGCUAGGCCUCAAACACUCCUUUAGCUGUUACUUUUAAAACUCAGCAGAAAACUAGAAGAUAAUGUUUUGUGACUGAAUCUAUGGUAGGAAGAAAAAUGAAAAGAAUGGGAAAGACACACUUUCUUGUCAGUCACUAAUUAUAUAAAAGGAAAAUUAAACAUGACACCUUUUUUUAAACUACUUACCAAAUAGCUUUAUAUGUCUAUUUUAAGAAGGAGGCAAUUUUUAAACAACUAGUCAUAAUGAAGAGUUUGUAGAAAUAAUACGUGUUCUAUGAAACGUUUAACUGCCUUAAACUGAUUUGUACACAUAUUAAAAAUUUGCACAAUUAGACUUCUAUCUUGCUGAUAGAAAUUCUAAUAGAAACAAACAAGAAGUUUACAAAUUAAAAAUAGUUUGUUCAGUUUUGUCUUAGGUCAAACUAAAACUGUAGGUUGCCUAUAUGUUUGAAAGUUGAGUAAUCUAGUUUAUGGUAAACUUCAGCUAACUUGAAAUUCUGUUUGUCUUGUCAGUCUCCCCCACAUUUGUUACCCUGUUGGACAUGCCAGAAAAAGGGGGAAGGAUUUCUGCUUUUUUGUGGGUUUGAACUGUAGUAGGCAGGCAAAGGGAUAUUGGGUGACUACGUUUUUAGGUCAUUGUUACUAAUAUUGUAGGUGGCAAAUGGUAACUGAAGAUGUACAUGAAGCCCAUUGCACAUGUUCAUUUUUUAUUUUUUAUGCUGUACAUCCAACUUUAAAAGCACCUAGGCUAAUGGACAGGCACUUUAAUAUAAACCUAAAUAAAACAUCCUAGCAAAAUUAUUAAAAGCUCUUGAUAUGCUACACAGGAAUUUGUAAUGUUUCAAAUAAUGAAAAACUACUUUCCCCAUAUUUAGACAUGCACUUUUACCUUAGUUUCUUACUUGCAUUAAGACAAAUGAAACUUCCCCUUAUAUUCCCUUUUUAAUAUCAGCAAAAUAUGACAGCACGUAAUGUUUUGCUAAAGGCAGGAACAAGAUUUUACUAACGUUCUGGAAGUCAGAGGUUGGAAUCUGAACAGCAAAUGUUUGGGUUGUUCAGACUGACAUUGUCAUGGGAGCUAAAGCUUCCUGAGGCCAGUGGAAAAACUUGCAGAGACUUCAGCUUAAGAUCAAUAUGCAGGAAGAAAACACCCUUCUGAAAGUUUUAGCUUUAGCAGUAAUUUUCACUUCAGUGAAUUAGAAAUUUGGGAACUGAAUACAUGUUUCUCUUCUACUGUAUCAGCUCUGUACAUCAGAGGACCUGGAGGCAUACAUUUGAAUGUCCAUUUUUACUUUAAGGACUACAGUAGAGUUGACUGAACUGGAAUCCAGUUGUUUAGAAGUUAUUGCUCUUGUACCAGUUUUGUAACAUGACACUUCUAGUCAAAGAGUAAUACAGAAAUAAUAGGUCUCUUCUGACCCCUUUUCUACAUUUUUAAAACCUAAAUUUGGCUAAAAUAUAAUACUAAAACUAUAAACAUUAUUGUUAAAGACCAUUACAUUUAUUAAAUCAUUGAGAUAAUUUUCCUUGCCUUUUGAUAACUAAUGCAAACCUUUUUUCUUAGGCUUUAGCAACAAUAAAGAAACCAGUAGAUCUGCUUAUUUCAGAUUCUGGUGCUACAAGGCGUACUUUCCAAUAUUGAAUUGAUUGCAACAGCUAAGGUAUCUCUGUUUUGUGGUUCCAGUCUUUCUCCCUCCUGAUAUCAGUAAGGAAAUUAUUAACUCUGAUGGGCACAAACAUUUGAUAUUUGAGCCUUUCAUUCUUCACCAGUUUCUGAUCCAUUUUCACAAAGUUUUUGUUCUGUUAGGGCUUUUGAUGGCAGUGCCUGUAAACAUUUUAGUUUUUUUUGGUUUUUUUGUUUUUUUUUUUUUUUUUUGGUAUGUAGACUAAUGAUUUGGCAAUUUAGUAAAAUGGUUUUGUGAACAGUAAUGCCUCUGGAAGAAAUUUUAGAUAGAAUAGUUAGGUCACUAAUAAAAGUAGCUGGUAGUAAGAGAACAGCUGUAUUAUCUUUCUAAAAAGAGGCUCUCAUUCAGGAGAGGAUCCCAUUCCUCAGGAUGAACUGUAUCACAUUCUUAGUAAUAGAACUCAGUAUAAAACAAACAAGAAAGCCCAGCCCUAAACCUUGCAAAUUAUUUAGAAGUAAUAACUGAUUUAAUAUCAGUGAUAUAUUAAUAUCAUUUUUUCUGCUUCGGAGUACCCAAGGAAAAGAGAAUUUGCUUGGACAUCUAAAAAUUUUUGAAUGCUUUAGAACUGGGUUUCCAUCUUCCCUUGUGCAAGCUCCAGUUUGCAGGGGAAGUUCUUAUGAGGCAACAGGCUUUGGUAUCGUGCCGUUUGCAACCAUAUCUGUGGGUUGGAUCCCUGCUGACCUCAUAGUCCUUCCGAGAGUGUCAGCUUCUGGACAAGGAUUCUUAGGUUUUCUGACAUAAUACUGUAUGUUCAGUUGCGCCAAACAGUGUCUUGACUAUACCUAUUUCCUUCUGACUACUGAGUAUGUUUGGAAGGUGCAUUUGCAUAAUAGUUGUUCAUGAUUUUGUAUAUACAAUUUACUAUAAUUUAAAGAGCAGAAUUAAUUCUGCAAAAUUGUUUUAGAGUAUGACCCUAAUAAUUCUUGCACAAGUAAACCUUAUUCGUUCAGAAUAAAUGAGGGAUACUUGUGAGAAAUUGUAGGAUCGAGCUUUAGGUUAGUAGGACUUUCUGUAUUGAGCCCUCCAUGUGCUACACUGCACUAACUUCAAAAGAAAACAAAUCCUUAUAAUAUAUUAUAAGGUGCUGAUUAGCUUUUUAACUUGUACUAACAGAAAAGUUUGGGGAUGAGCUGAAAUUUUUCCACAGCUUGAUUCUGCUAAGUCCUGUAGUUGGAAAAAUUAACCUUGUGGAGGGUUUUUUUUCUUUUAGUUGUAAUAGAUUAUUUUAUAGAUUUUUUUUGGACGUAUUUUUAACAUGCACUAUUUAUAGUACUCUUAAUGCAGACUUAGUAUUUUGAGACUGAAUAUUCCACCAAACAUGCAAAUUAGACUGAAGUUGUUGGUAACUUAGUUAUCUCUGUUAAUACUUAAACCAGCUGUAGAGCAGCUUAACAGGGAAUAACAGCUGACUUUUCACAGAUACAAUGUUUAGAUAAAGAUGAUUUUGACAUAAAAUGUUGAUUGGCUUGUUAACAUAAAGUUCAGUGCCAGAAGACACAUUUCAACAGUGUUUUCUAGCACAGCUAUCUGUUGCUAUUUGUUUUGUUCCAGAAUGUUUUGAGGGUGUUUUGAUUGUUUUUUCUUUUGACGAAGGGAAUGUAAUUUGCUGGCAAGUUUUCCAUUAAUUUUAAGCUUCUUUUAAAAUCUACAGCAAAUGGAUGUUCUGCUGCAGGAAAAUCUAUUCCCUGCCGAAGCAUUUUUCAUUGAGCAAUCUUUGUGUAUGUGCUUCUAAGUACCUGCUUUGUUAAUAAUAUGUAUUUCAGUGUAAAGAGCAUAUUUUGUAUGCAAAAAUGGAAGCUGUUAGAGUUGUAAAAUAAAUUUUAUUGUGUAGUGAAUGUUUUCAGAAGGCAGGUUCUGAAAUAACUAUAUCUAGUGUAGUUCAUGUUGUGAAGCUUUGCUUUUGUAAGAUAUGAAUAAAAUAACACUUUCUAA